GGUUUCGUAAUUUCGCGGGAAACCAAGCGCGUGAAAAUGGCGACGCUUUUCUCUUAUUUCACGAAAGUUCCCGCAAACAAGUCUCCAAAUGCUGGGGAUCGCCCCGAAACAAACGACAAAACAUCGCCAAAGGGGAAAGCAAAGACGCCGGAGACAAAGAAAGAGGUUAAAACCUCAACCAAGGCAAACGACAGCCAUGUAUUUGUACAAAAGAUAUGUGAUGUUGUUUGGGCUAAGAUGGAAGGACAUCCAAUAUGGCCUGCGAUUGUUUGCAAUCAUCCUAAGCUGAAUAUUCACGCCAGGAGUAAUGAGUACCAUGUGCAGUUCUUUGGGGAGCCUCCGAGUAGAGGAUGGGUUAAAAAGACUCUUAUACAACCCUUUGUCAAGGGGGAGAAUAAGGGGGGUCACAGCCUGGCUAUCAGGGCAGCUGUGGAGCAAGCUGAGAAGGCGUUAGCUCUAUCGUCAACAGAGAGGGAGGGGCUUAUAUGCUGCAUACCAUCAGAUGAGGAGAGUGAGGCUGAGAUGGAAAGGAAUGGGAGUGCUUCUCAAGAGAACGAUUCUGGUGAUGGCAGUACUGAUGAUGAAGUUAAUACUGCCAUGCAAAAAAACAAGAGGCCCAGACGUAAAGCAGCUGUUGGAGGAAUGAAGAAGAGAAAAAGAGUGAUGAUUGAGUCAGACUCUGAUGGAUCAGACGACUUUAAGCCUGAGAGUGAAGAGUCUGAUGACAGUGUUAGCAGUGGUGCGGAGGAGGAAGAGCCCUCUUCUGAUAAUAACAGUGAAGAAGACGAAGAAGAAGAGGAGACUAAAAACACCAAGAAGAGAAAGCGUGGCUCAACCUCAACGCCAAGUUCAAAGAAGGGCAAGCUAGCACCAAACAUGACCUCAAAUCCUACAAGCAACACACCAAAGCCUGCCAAACUAUCAUCCUCACUUGCUACCAAGAUCACCAACUCUGCAAGCAAAGCCGCAACCUCAUUGGCUCGCUUUCAGAUGACAUCAUCUCCUGCUCCGGUGACUGAACCUGAUGAGAAUGGAAACACUGGGGUCUACCUCCAUGAGAAAUUGGAUUGGCUCAAGGAAGGGAAACGGAAAGACAAACAUGGAAGGCCAAUGUUACACCCAGACUAUGAUCCCAAAACACUUUUGGUACCUCAAUCCUAUCUUACCUCAAAAGAUGUCACUCCAGCAAUGAGACAGUGGUGGCAACUAAAAAGUGAACACUUCGACACGGUCUUGUUCUUUAAGGUUGGCAAGUUCUACGAGUUAUACCAUAUGGAUGCCACAACAGGGGUGAAGGAGCUCAACUUGAUCUACAUGAAGGGUAACUUUGCACAUGCUGGAUUUCCAGAGAUUGCAUUUGGACGCUACUCAGACACUCUUAUCCAGAAAGGAUAUAAGAUUGCCAGAGUAGAGCAGACUGAGACACCUGAAAUGAUGAAAGAGCGAUGCAAAAAGAAUAGAACAAACUCUAAGUUUGACCAAGUGGUGAAAAGAGAGAUUUGCGCAGUUACAACAAAAGGAACUAAAAUGUAUAGCUUUCGUGAUGGUGACUGUACAGAGUCAGAGGCUGCAUAUUUACUGGCUGUUGCAGAAAAGGAACUGAGUGAUUGCGGCGGUGAAAGCAUGUAUGGUGUGUGCUUUCUGGAUACUUCUAUUGGCAAGUUUCAUAUUGGUCAAUUCAAGGAUGACAGACAGGCAUCACGUCUUCGCACUCUCAUUGCUCACCACCCCCCUGUGCAGGUUUUAACAUGCCGCGGUAGUUACACUUCCAAGACCCAGCACAUUUUAAGUCAUGAGUUGAUGUCGUCCCUUACAGAGCAUCUUGCACCAGGUAGCGAAUUUUGGGAUGCGAGCAAGACUUUGAAAUUCCUUGCUGAAGGAAACUAUUUCAAGAAUGAUAAGGAUGGCGCCGAUGAAUCCGUUAACUGGCCAGCGAUGCUAAAAAUGAUGACAGAUGGAGACCCUCUUGGGCUCACCCCAACAGAUGGACAUGAGCUUGCUCUGAGUGCAUUAGGAGCUGUCGCAUGGUAUCUUAAGAAAUGCCUCAUAGAAGAAGAGUUGCUUUCAAUGGGUAAAUUCGAGGAAUACAAGCCACUUGACUGUCUAGAUGCACCUCGGAGCAGCACUUUGUCAUUCACACAGGGGCGCCAGCACUUGAUCCUUGAUGACGUCACUUUGACAAAUCUGGACGUAGUGCCAUGUGGUCCUGAUGGUUCUCUUCAAGGAACUCUUCUCGAGCAACUUGACCACUGCAGCACACCUUUUGGAAAACGGCUCUUCAAACAGUGGUUAUGUGCUCCUUUGUGUAAUCCAAUGGCCAUUAACGAUAGACUAGAUGCAAUCGAGGACUUGAUGACAGUGCCUGCUGUUGUUUGUGAUGUCAAGGAAAUUCUGAAAACUCUUCCAGACUUGGAAAGAUUGCUUAGAAAGAUACAUAGCCUUGGGUCUGUGAGAAAAGCGACAGACCAUCCUGAUGGAAGAGCCAUUCUUUACAACGAGGAGACUUACAGUAAGCGCAAGAUCGCUGACUUCCUUUCUGUACUUGAGGGGUUGAAGAGUACUGUGCGCAUUGUCAAGCUGUUCAAGGACCAUGUGUCUGAGUUCAAGUCGAAGCUGUUAAAACAGAUCAUUACCCAAGAUGCACAAGGCGACAAGUCGUCAAACGGUCGCUUUCCACACAUGGAAAGUGAACUAAAAACUUUUCAGGGUGCAUUUGAUCACGAAAAAGCAAAGAAAGAUGGCAUCAUCCUCCCGAAACCUGGUGUCCAGGCAGAUUACGACCAAGCGCUAGAGGACAUCACCUCCUGCAAGGAAUGGUUCAUGAAAUUUCUAGACAAACAGCGCAAUCGACUUGGGUGCAAAACAAUGUGUUACUGGGGCUCGGCUAAGAAUCGCUACCAGCUCGAAAUUCCCGAAUCCGCUCUUGGCCGCAACACUCCUGACGAGUAUACUCUGCAGUCGCAGAAGAAAGGUUUUCGGCGCUUUUGGACGACAGAAAUUGAAGAAAAACUCGCCGAGUUGACAGAAGCAGAGGAGCGUCGCGAUGCAGCACUCAAAGACACCAUGAGAAACCUCUUUCACAGAUUCGACGAACACUAUGACAUGUGGGAUCAAGCAGUUCAGUGUCUUUCUGUCCUCGAUGCGUUACUCAGCCUAAUGACAUACAGUUCCCAUGGUGACGGCACAAUGUGUAGACCUGACGUCAUUUUGCCUGACAUGACACCGGAGGGAAAUCACACGCCCUUCAUAGAGAUCCGAGAUGGUCGCCAUCCCUGCAUCGCUCGUACAUUUACCGGAGAUGACUUCAUCCCUAAUGACACAGUCAUCGGCAUUGGCAACAAGGCAGACGAGUCCGAGUCAGCGGCGAAUGCUCACAGCACAUGCGUACUGGUAACAGGCCCCAAUAUGGGUGGAAAGUCUACCCUGAUGAGGCAGGUUGGACUCAUCACUAUAAUGGCGCAACUGGGAUGCUAUGUGCCAGCCGAGUUGUGCCGUCUGACGCCUGUAGACCGAGUUUUUACCAGACUUGGAGCUCAUGACAGGAUACUGGCAGGCGAGAGUACCUUCUUCGUCGAGCUAAGCGAGACAGCAACCAUUCUACGUCACUCGACACGUGACUCCCUUGUGUUGCUUGAUGAGCUUGGUCGUGGCACCGCCACCUAUGAUGGUACUGCCAUUGCUUGUGCUGUGGUGAGGGAACUCUCCGCUAACGUACGGUGCAGGACACUAUUCUCCACCCACUACCACUCCCUGGUGGAGGAAUUUGCUACUGACCCUAAUGUGCGGCUAGGUCAUAUGGCCUGCAUGGUAGAGAACGAGGACGAGGAGGGCGACCCCAGUAAAGAGACCAUCACCUUCCUGUACAAGUUCGUGAGGGGCGACUGUCCUAAGAGUUACGGCUUCAACGCAGCGCGGCUAGCAGGGAUUCCUGGUCAGAUUAUUACGGUAGCAGUACAGAAAUCCAGGAAAUUUGAAGAAACUAUGGAUCAAGUCAAGAUGUUUAGAGAGAUUCUGACACACACUCAACGCGUCACCAUCAAAAAAAGGCUUCUCUCAUUAAAAGAGAAAAUCAAGCUUUGAUUAAUUAGAAGUAAGACAGCUAUGAAAGGCUUAGCUUAACGGAGGUACUUUCUGUAAAAAUAUCGCCUCAGGUUAUGAAUAAAUAGGUUUAUAACUUUUUUCACUCAAAGUUAAAAGUUAAAAAAAAAACAUAAAAAGAGGGAAAAACAAAUAGUAUAGAUAGAAGGUCAUACGUCAGUAUUCACAACAUAGAUAAUAUUAUCUAGUGAAAUUGAGAGCAUAUGCGAUAAUGUCUCAUGAGGGAGAAAUGUGUUGGUAGAUUGCAACCGCUAAUUCACAUGUUAUAUCCAGUUGACUGAAAUUUCAGUGUCGGCACUAAAAAGAACAUCCUUAAGUAAAUGAUUCUCGCGAUGGUACUCGUGCAUUGUAAUUUAUCCGCAGGAAUCCUUAUUUCUUUUUUUUUUUUAAACCCGACUUGAGCGCAAUUCAAUUCCAGCCGACAAUUCCAGCCGACACCAACAUUGGAGCUUUUACCGACGUUUGUAUCACAAGUAUUGCGUGGUUAAUGCCUACUGAAAUAAAUAAUUUUAAUUUUUGUAGCCACUUUGGAAAAGUCUAAGCAUACACCAUUGUGGUGCAAAUGUUAUUUGAUUAAAAAAUAUUGAAAUAGAA